ACUAUCCUGGUGGGGACUUAUUAGAAUUGGGUUAGUAGUAAACAUUGAUCAGAAAUUACUUACAAUGUCUUCAGAGAAGUUGGAGCGUUGCUGUGAUGAACUUAAAGCUCUAUUGGACAACAUACAAGACAGUAUCACAUACCAACUGCCCAAGAAGCUAGGAGACGACCACAGGCGAAGCUUGAGUGUACUAAAUGGGAAGAUUGAUGAAGCUCAAGCAUUGUAUGGUGAGAUACAGUCAGAGCUAGGGAGAGCCCCUGUUGGCUAUCAGCACCAGCUAGCUGGGAGAGUGAGCCAGUACAAGGAGAGCAUAGCCUCACUGAGGAGACAGGUGAAUGGAGGAUCCUCCCUCAGAGAGCAGCUGUUCUCACGACAAGACGAGGACCCCUAUCAGUCUGAUGGGGAGAAAUCUAGGUUGCUAGGCAACACGGAGACCCUCAAGAGAGCGUCUGCUAGUGUGGGAAGGGCCCAGGCAAUAUCUGCACAAACUGACGAGGUAGCAGUCACCAUCAUGGAGGAUCUGGAUGACCAGAAGGCCUCUCUGCUAAGAACUAGAAACAACCUAACUACAAUUGAUGGAGAGCUGGGUAGAACCUCUGGUCUGCUCCGCUCCAUAGUGUGCAAGAGCGUACAGAACAGACUGCUACUAGUGAUUGUCAUUAUAUGUGAAAUCAUUAUUCUAGCUGGUGUGAUUUACUGGAAGUUUAUUAGUUAACUCUAUGUUAUAUUUUGUGUUUGUGUAUAUUUAUGCAAUUAAAUUGUAUACACUUUUUACACCUA